AUGCGCCUGGAGCGUGGGCUGCGCUCCUGGGGGCUGCGGGCCUGCCCCGAACGGUCACCCGUGCUGAAAUACCAAAUGAAAAUUGUCAUCCGAGGAGACAGGAACACUGGGAAAACCACACUCUGGCACCGACUGCAGGGAAAGAAAUUUAUUGAGGAAUAUAUUCCAACUCAGGAGAUCCAAGUCACCAGCAUCCACUGGAAUUAUAAAACCACUGACGAUAUUGUGAAAGUUGAAGUCUGGGAUGUAGUUGACAAAGGAAAAUGCAAAAAACGAGGAGAUGGUUUGAAACUGGAAAAUGACCCUCAGGAGGCAGAGUCAGAAAUGGCUCUGGAUGCAGAGUUCCUGGAUGUCUAUAAGAACUGCAAUGGCGUAGUGAUGAUGUUUGACAUCACCAAGCAGUGGACAUUUAACUAUAUUCUGAGGGAGCUUCCUAAAGUGCCGACCCACGUUCCAGUGUGCGUGCUUGGGAAUUACCGAGACAUGGGGGAGCACCGGGUCAUUCUGCCUGGCGACGUGCGGGACCUCAUCGACAACCUGAACAGGCCUCCCGGCUCCUCCUAUUUUCGCUAUGCUGAGUCUUCCAUGAAGAACAGCUUUGGCCUCAAGUACCUGCACAAGUUCUUCAACAUCCCCUUCUUGCAGCUGCAGAGGGAGACGUUGCUGCGGCAGCUGGAGACGAAUCAGCUGGAUAUUGAUGCAACUUUGGAGGAGCUGUCAGUGCAGCAAGAGACAGAAGAUCAAAACUACGAACUCUUCCUUGAAAUGAUGGAAGCCCGAAGUCGAGGACACACGUCGCCACUAACGACUAACGGGCAAAGCCCUUCCUCCGGCUCCCAGUCACCCAUAGUACCUCCGAGCUCCACGUCGACGGGCAGCUCCAGCCCUGGCACCCCACAGCCGCCGCAGCCGCUUGCCACAAGCUCCACCAUCUCUCCUGAACCCCCCUCAUCUUUUUCACCAGUGCCUGCACCCGAGGCCCAGCAGCCGCACGCGCCUCCACCAGCUACAGCCUCCCCAGCGCCUCCGGCCGCAGUCCCCCCACCAAAGCGCAGCAUUAUUUCACGUCUCUUUGGGACGUCUCCCGCCUCAGACCCCUCUCCUCCCCAGCCAGAUCCUGCUGCCGCCGCCACUCCUCCUCCUCACCCUCAAGCCCCUGCGAAAGUACAGAGCGUGGAGGACUUUGUUCCUGAUGACAGCCUGGACCACAGCUUUCUAGAAGACCCAGCCCCACAGAAGGACAAAGGGAAACUACAGGCUAAACACCGUGUCGAUAGCGAAAGCGAUGGAGAGGCGCCCGGGGGGAACCCCAUGGUGGCAGGUUUCCAAGACGACCUGGAUCUGGAUGACAAACUCCCCAGCAGACCCAUGCCGGCAGCAGAACGGGUGCCCAGCAAGAACGUCACCCUCUCCAGCGAGGAGGAGGAAGAGGAAGAGGUGAAGGACUCUAAGGUUGUACUCAUACCUGAUGAAGACAUUGACACGGAGCAGGGAAAAAAGAGGUCUUCCAGAAAUUCUCUGAAACCACAGAGUGAAGCAAUUUUGACCAAAGCAACUGACCCGAAGCCUCCUGACAGUUUACCUCCGCGUUCUGGAUCCGAAAGAAACAGCAGCAGCAAGCUCAGUGCUAGCCUGCCAGCUGCUGCUGCUGCUGCUCCUGCCACCCCAGCAGCAGCCCAGGCCCCAAAGACCACUUCCCAAAGCAAAGGACAUGCACUCAAGCAGAAAGUGGUCAAAGAGGAAAAGCCUGAGGAGUCUGACAGUGAUCCAGAGGGACCAAUAGCUACUCAGAUGCUCUCAUUUGUUAUGGAUGACCCAGACUUCGAAAGUGAGGAUUCCGACAGCCAGAAGAAGAAAAUGGAUGAAUUCCCGGUCCGGGAAGAUCUCUCUGAAAUAUCUGAUGACGAUACCUCGUUGGCAAAGCCACCCCAGCCUGUGAAAUCAACAGUCCACUCCUUUAAACUGAAAAAUGACUCCGAUCUCUUUGGUUUGGGUCUGGAAGAAGCCGGUCCCAAGGAGAGCAGUGAGGAAGGUAAAGCAGAUAAACAACCUUCUAAGGAGAAAAAGAAGAAGAAAAAGAAAAGCAAAGAGGAAGAGGAGAAGUCUGUGAAAAAGAAGAGCAAACACAAGAAGAGCAAAGAGAAGGAGGAGAGCAAAGAGGAGAAAAAGAAAAAGAAGAAGAAGAGCAAGGAGAAAAACAAUGAAAUAGAUGAACUUGAGGCUUUUCUUGGAGGAGGAGGAGCCAGCAUGAACAAGCCACGAGGAGGUGGGGACUAUGAGGAGCUGUAG